AUGGCGACCAAGCCAGUCAAGUCCCUCGAGUCCGAGGAGCAGCGUCUGCACCGCAUUCGCAUCACCCUGAGCAGCCGUGACGUCAAAGCACUGGAGAAGGUCUGCACUGAUCUGGUGACCGGUGCCAAGGCGAAGGAGUUGAAAGUUGCCGGUCCGGUCCGCCUCCCGACGAAGAUCCUCCGCCUGAUGGUGCGCAAGUCGCCGUGCGGCGAAGGUACCAACACCUUCGAUCGCUGGGAGAUGCGAAUCCACAAGCGCCUGAUUGAUCUGCACUCCCCCUCGGAUGUGGUGAAGCAGAUCACCUCUAUCUCUAUCGAGCCCGGUGUGGAAGUCGAAGUCACCAUCGCAGACUUGUGA